AUGGAUUUGUACAAAUACUUAGUGGAAAUUGGAUUUAUUGAUAUCAGUGUGUCUUCGUAUUGUCUUCAGUGUUCUGGGCAACUAACAUUGAUUUCUUCUACUACUGUCAUUGAUGGUUGCCAACUGAAAUGUAAUAAUAGAAUUGGAGUUAAUGGUAGUACUAUCAAAACAAAGUUGUGUUCUAAAAAAUUUACUAUUAGAAGAUAUUCUUGGUUUCACAAAUCUCAUCUAACGAUUCAUGAAAUCUUAACACUAACGUAUUAUUGGUGGAGUGAAAUUUCUCAGAAGUAUGGGGAAAAUGAUUUGGAUUUAGCUCAUGGAACUACCAUUGAUUGGAACAAUUUUUGCCGUGAAGUUUCGGAACAUGUAGUAAUUAACAAUUCUGAAAAGAUUGGUGGCUUUGGUAUUACGGUAGAAAUAGACGAAUCGAAAUUUGGCAAAAGUAAUCUGUUAGAUGCUGUAAUGAUUUUAGUUAUUGUAAUUUAACGUUUUUAUAGGAAAAUAUAAUCGAGGAAAAAGGG